AUGUUUCAAAUGGAUCUGAGAGUCUUCGUUGCAUUUUGGUGGAGUUCUACUCGUGAUACGUUUUCUGUGCAUCGAUGCCACGGGAGCUCAUUCCAAUCGGUUGUAACAAUCUUAUGGCAAAUGGCAGGCGCAAUCGCAUGCACCCAAUGCAAGGGAGGUGGGGAGAAUUUGGAAGACCAUUUCGGUGGUCGAUUCAAAGCUGGAGGAUUAUGCUGGCUUUGCAGAGGAAAGCGUGAAAUUCUAUGUGGGAGCUGCAAUGGCGCUGGCUUCUUGGGUGGAUUUAUGAGCACUGCCGAUGACACUUCGGAAUGA